AUGCGCCCUGCGUUACAACGACUCAUCUCUAGAUAUUCAUCAUUGAAUCUCCUUCGAUAUCUAGUACACGCAUCGAAUACCCCGCCGUCCGCCAACAUUCAAUACGAUUGUGCUGGUAAGAGAUGCAAUCGGAACUACGCAAGUAUCGGCAUUGGGCUUGAAGCUGCCAAUCAGUAUGACUCACAACAUGAUAACCUUGUUACCACCCAACCAGCUGUACGGCAUUUGGUUUCGAAAAAAGCCUCAAAUGGCUCCAGCACAGCCAUGCCUCCCGCCGAUACAAAAUCGAUGACUACCAAAAAUUACAAUAGAUGGAAAAAUUACUUCACACCUGGCGAACUCGAAUAUGAAUCGCGUGUAUCAGAAAGGGCUCGGAAAGGCGCACUACGAUUAGUCGAUGAUCCGGUUUAUGAGAAAGACAUUGAACUUUGGGCGGUGCUCUUAGUAUAUAGGCAACGAAUUUAUGGUGAUGAGGGAGUGAGGAUGAUCUGGGAUGGAAUAAUCACUAGGAACAUCCAAUUACCAGUCGAAGGUUUGGCAUCUUGGACAAUGUGGAGGGCCUUUUUAGAUUUAGGCCUAGGAGACAAAGCUGUACUCGAAAGCAUCAUUCGAUAUGCGGAUGGUCUACUGCAGCAAACCGGUCAACGUUGGAAUGGGCUUUAUACGAGGCUCAUGUAUCAUCUUUUAAUGAAUCACAGGGGCGCCGAAGCAUUUCAAUGGCAUCGAAGAUUAAUGGUGCAUCAUUUACCAGAGACUAAAGCCUUCGAGAAAUUAUGUUUCAGAGUGAUUACUCUCGGGGGAGAUAUCGAAGCUCUGCGGAAGAUUUAUGAAGGAAGUAAAUUUCAUGUAUCAUAUUCCAGCAUCAUGGUACCAUUAUAUCAUCGAGAAGAAUAUUCAUCUGCAUACAAAUGGCACUUCUCGCUUUUUCAGAAAAAAGACUUUCCCAAAACUGCAAGACCUACAGAAGAUCUGAUUCGACUGUUGACAAAAUUCAGAAGCCCGUUGGCUCUUCGGGUUGCCCGCAGCUUGGUACAUGCAGGAAUAUCCAUACCUCCUGGUCUAGAGCAUGAGCUUAAAGACACGCAAAGUAUAUCUAGAGAGAUGAUGAAUCUUAUUCAUGGUGAAGUCUUUCAUAUUAAACCUAAGAAAUAUGAUGAUGAAUUGGGAGCUCGAUGGCUUGCUACAACUUGGGUGCCAUUAGAUGUAUCCAUACAAUCCAUCCACGCACUGGGAGUCAAAGAAAUUGGGCCCCUAUCAUUUCAGUCCAUUGCUCUGCGGGAUCCGGAUACCAAAGCUAUCAUUAAGAGACUCGAUCAGCUUGCAGAUCUUGGUAUAUCUCCUGGUCAGUCGAAGUUCGUCAAGGCUGUUGAAUUUUUUGCAAGGGAGGAAAAUCAAGAAUUCGUAAACGCAUUGGUGAACAGCGACCAGCAUCCUGCAGCACUUGACGAUUGGAUACUCCAAGAGAAACUCUUGGCUUCAUACGCAGCCAAAGAACAAUUAACCGAAUUCCGACAAGCGAUGGCCAUACGAUUAGUCGGAAGUAGAACUCCUGAUUUUGACGUUUACAACAUACACCUUAGGAUUUGCGUUAUCAGACACCAAUGGAACGCUGUGCUGAAGACGUUAUCCGAUAUGCGGAUAAAUCAUAUACCGGUGAAACCAGCUUCGAUAUCCUGUAUUCUGCGGCAACUCUUACGACCACGUCGGCGCGGUCGGCGACCAGUAAUGGACCCUAAGCACAAUAGUUUCGAUGAUAUAAAUAUGGCUACCAAGAUUCUGACAGGCAUCAUGACAUCCGGCUCAUCAGUUCCAGUACAUCAUUGGACCGAAAUCAUUCGGCGACUAGGAAUGCUUGGCCGCGAAAAAGAGUUACAUAAUUUGUGCAUGUUUUUAGCUUCCUGGUAUGGCUCAAAAAAUCAUGAUCUUCUACCUGGUGCAAAUUAUCUACGAAUUCGAGAUAGCACGCAAGUUCCAGAUGAUCUGGUUCCCAAGUGGCACCAUCAACAUCCUCUCAAGCGUCUCUUCCCACCCAGUCUGCAAAGAGCCAUUGUAGAAUGGGGUUUCCAACGAGCGUUAGCGAGCCCAUCGCCAAAGGAUCCAGGCUUUGUCCGCGCGAGUAAGAAAGUAACAUACAAUAUCACGAAUGGUAUUGUACUUUUGCGAGAACUUCACCAUAUGGGCGUAGAGAUCGAACCACAUGCAAUCAGGAGAGCAGUUGUCAAUCGUUUGAUCAUUCUCUACGGACCGGGAAGAUCCACUGUCAAAGCGAAUCGACAAGCGCGAAUUCUGAAUCCCCUAAGCUUGGAAGAGGCAAUAGCUGAGAUUGACGAUUGUCUACCAGGGACGAAGAUGUUCCCUUAUCCAGAUGCGGCGAAACAUAUUCGACACCAGGCUAAUUUGAGAUUUUUAAGGAUUAGACGUUGGCGCUUGAAGCGAGAUGCUAGAUGGCGAUUGACAGGGAGGUUUUGA